AUGGCCGGGCUGGGCAGCAGCAGGCCAUCCUUCGGGCAGCAGCAGGAGGAGCCCGUCUCGGGAAGGAGGCGCUGGCAGCAGCACCACCACCAGCAUUAUGUCUUCUCCUUGGCCCCUCCACCACCAUUCUCAUCAUCAUCAUCAUCAGGAGCAUCACCAGCAUCCCCUUCUUCUAUGCCAGGCUCGGAGGUGACGUGGAGGAGGAAGCUCACCCGCAGAGGCCGGCCGAGGAUGGCUGUGCUGGGCGCCGGGCUGGCCUUCUGCACGCUCCUGGCCUUGUACGCCUCCUCUUCGCUGGGCCCAAGCUUCCUGCAGCCCCCGCUCUCUGCCUGGUGGCCCCAAGAGGAGGAGGAGAAGGAGAAACCAGCCCUGGUGAGGGUGCUGCUCUGGUGGGAGCCCUUCGGGCGGCAGAGGAGCCUGGGCAGCUGCCAGGAGCGCUUCCACAUCCCUGGGUGCCAGCUCACCACCGACCGCAGCCUCCUCCUUGAGGCCCAAGUGGUCCUCUUCCAUCACCGGGACUUGGUCCUCCAUGGACUGGACCAGCUUCCCUCCAAAAGACUUCCAGCCCAGCGCUGGGUCUGGAUGAACUUCGAGUCGCCUUCUCAUUCACACCACUUGCAGGACUUGGGGGGGCUCUUCAACUGGACCAUGUCCUACAGGGUGGACUCGGAUGUCUUUGUGCCCUAUGGGUACCUCCGCCCAAGACGGGCCCUUCACCCUAUGGAUCCCAUGCCCAAGAAGACCAAGCUGCUGGCCUGGGUCAUCAGCAACUGGAAUGAGGAGCAUGCCCGGGUGCGCUAUUACCACCAGCUGAAGGUCCACCUCCCCAUCGACGUCUACGGCGCCCAAGGCCUGGAUUUGAUAGACAGCAGCGUGGUCCAAACAGUCUCGGAGUACAAAUUCUACUUGGCCUUUGAGAAUUCCCAGCACUCGGACUACAUCACGGAGAAGCUCUGGAGAAACGCCUUCAAGGCCUGGGCCGUGCCCAUCGUCUUGGGGCCACCCAGGGCCAACUAUGAGCUUUUCAUCCCUUCCGAUUCUUUCAUCCACGUGGAAGACUUCUCUGAUCCUGAGCAGCUGGCAGUCUACUUGAAAUUCCUCGACAAAAACAAGAGCAGGUACCGGAGGUAUUUCGCCUGGAGGAAGCACUACGACGUGCAGGUCACCUCCUUCUGGGAUGAACAUUGCUGCAGGGUUUGCAACGCAGUCAGGACCGCGGGGAAGCAACCCAAGACUAUCCAGAAUCUCGCCAACUGGUUUGAGAGUUGACCUCAGGAGGCCCUACAGGCUCUC